AUGUUCAAUCCCUCUGUCGCAGAUGGCGGCCCGGCCACGGCUACCAGAUCUCGUCGUCGUCAGCGACCCAAGAGCACCGACAGUUCCGUCCAGCAACCCAAGGCUAAGCGCCAGCGCCUGCCUCUUACCGAGCAAACUUUUGUCAAUCCCGACGCCCAGCCCGAAAUGGUCGAGGUCGCCAAGGCCGACACCAUCGCAACUUUGGAGCCCUCCAAAGACGUCGUCUCUUCCGACCACCCUCAUCACCCUGUCCGCAAAGAAUCGAAUGUUCGAGCGAAAAAGUCGAAACAUGGUGACCGUGCCGCUAACAAGGGCGACGGAAGCCUCGUGCUUACAAGUACAAGCGCCUUCACAGUGUCGAAACUCCCUGCGUUGCCCGAUAGAAUUCGCACCGAUUGGUCAGGGGCUCAAAAAUCCGACAUCUUUGCUGCGUCAGGAUAUGCACUACAUCUGACGGCGACCCAUGCCGUUAUUUGGGCUUACAACUCAACGUCUCAAUCUCCCGAAACAUUCACCUUCACUCUUCCGUCAGCAUCGAACCCGACCGACCCCCUUCCAGUGGCAUGUUUGGUUUCCCCGCCUGCAUCUUCAACAGAGCCCGGCCUUGUGGUUGUCAUGCCUGGAAGCGGCAAGGUGGUUUUCUGGGAGUCCAUAUCCAGUGCCGCCACUUUUGCCUUUAUAAAGAAAGAUCGAUCUGGAGUCGAACAUUUCAUCUCAGGGAUGUCCUCGGGCGAAAAAGUCAUAGCCAUCACCAAUGCCGAAUCAGCAGGCUUCAUUCUGACCUUGAACACGGGGAGAUUGGCCUACAUGAGCGUUCGAGAUGGUCACGGCCGACCCGCGAUUUCCGUGCAGUUUCUGCGAACCAAGCUUUCGCCCACAUCCUCCAGCGGUGGUCUACUUGGAAGCAUUCGACACGCCUUCUCCCACCUCUCCCUCCGUGGCGACGUCGCUGCUGUCAGGGCCGACAGAUCCUCGCGCGUCGGGGAAAGAAAUAUCGUCGCGCUCACCAGUAAAGGCAAGCUGCAAGCGUGGAGGAUCCACCGUGGUGGCCACAACGAACUCAUUGGAGAAGCCGACAUGCGCGACCGCCUGGUCUCGGCCCUCCAGGAGAACGACCCUUUUAGCGAGGACAUGCCAGCAGAUUCAUUUGAAGCCCUAGACUUGACCUAUGUUCCUAAAGGCUUGGAGCCCAAAUAUCUCCAGCUCAGCAGGCUCAGCGACGCCAUAGCGACCGACGACGCCUUGCUCCAACAUCUCUUACUUCUCGUCUGCCUCACUCGCCGAAGCGUGUCGAGGUACGCCCUUGCCGAGGUUAUCCUUACGCCAAGGGAAUGUCAGGUCGGCAUGAUUCGGCCCAUCACCUCUUAUUCCACCCCCCCGGCGGCUUCCGAUUCGUCCACGACCGUCAGGCCUCGCCUCCAUCUCCCUCGACCUGCGCUGGUAGCCUUUGUCGUGUUUGAUCGCGCCGCCGUGGUCGCUUCCGUCGCCAUCCCGCCCGAAUCCCCAGACUCGCAGCUGCAAGCGGACAACCAUAUCCUCGCACCGUCGUUCGAGGACGUCGUAGACUUCCGCCAAGACAAUGUGCAUGAGGUUGUUGGCUCGGGCUAUGAAGAGGUGGCCUCCACCGGCCACGAGGAGAACCGAUCAUUGCGCCCCAAAAACAAGAAUCCAGCGGUCGUGCUGAUGGUGCGCGGCGCGGGCGUCAUGCGCAUCGUCACAACAGACGUGGACAAGUUUGCGAGCGAGGACCCGCCCCAGGUUUCGGCCAAGAGCAAGCUGGAACAAGCCGUGUUCUUUGGAGCCAAAAAGGACAACCCCCUUCUUUUCGGCAAACGGCAAGACAUUGAGUUCAGCAACGACCAGAUCGGCGAGGCAGCUCUGCGAGUAAGCCAGGAGAUUCUGAGCUCCACCACAGCCUUCCUCUCGACGCUGCCUGCGUCGCUGGAGGAUAACCUUUGCGCUCGGUCCAACGCUCUGGAGAGACUUAUCCUCCACCUCGACAUGAUUGGCGCCGACCUCGACCGCAAGACCAGGUGGAACCUCCUUUUCAACGCGGAGAAGAUGCAUGUUGCAGGCCUGCUUUGGAAACGGCACGAGGCCUUUACCGCCGCACGGCCCGUCGACGACAAGAAGAGCCUCAUUGGUCUCAUAGUCGAGUUUAUUCACCAAGACCAAAAGACGAACCCUGUUGCGAGCAGCGGGGAGGUGGACCGGGUGCGCCAUUGGUUCGUCAACGAUGUGUUCCGACUCGAGAUCUUUGUUGCGUGGGCGUACGAAGUCAUCAAGGUUCUGUACAAGGACAAUCUCCUGGACGAUGUCAAAGUCACCGCCAUGAUGAGCGAGGCUAUGGAGGUCAACAUCGCAGCGCAAGUGGGAGCGCACGAGUUCCGCAGACGCAACCUCUCCCUCUAUGGCCUUGGCGACGAACAACUGCGGAUGGGCAUCCUCCGAGAUGGCCACUACAAGGGCAUGGCAGAACCGUGGACGGGCUGCGCUUACGUGGCCAACAACAUCAAGCGACUCUCGGAUCUCUGCGACCAGUGGUAUAAGAAGCACGAGCAGAUACGAGAUGGAUGCAAGGAGCCAAACCUGCCCGAUCCCGCCAUUAUUCGAAAAAUCUUCGACGAACUGCCCGUCCUGACGGAUUCCAUGCUCACCUCUGUCUUGGAGCACGCCAGGUGGGGGAUGGCGAACUCGGACAGCAACGGAUCGCUCGCCGACGAGUAUGCCAAAACGUACGAUGCCGACCGCCACGACAAGCCCAUCGCUCUGGCGCGGGCGGGGAAGUGGGAGCAGGCAUCCGCGAUUGCGGAAAAGCACGGCUGCCUCAGCGCCCUGGCGGUCAUUCUGCUCGAGCACAUUGAGAUCCUGGAGACGGGCCUGGGCGAACCCGGCUUGUCCGCGGCGCAAGUCAAGAGCCUCAAAAACCUGAGGCAGGCCAAGAAGACGCAGCUGGAAGACAGCUUCAGCAGAUACGGAGAGCCGUUCGCCUUUCCCCUGUACGAGGGCCUCCUGGAGAAGCACGGCGUGGAGGCGGUUCUCGAGUUUGACCUGGACACGCUCGGGUUCAAGACCAGCUUCCUGCGCAGCCGGCCGGAGCUCGCCCGCAUCUCGUGGAUCCACGACGUCGAGCAGGAGCGGGACGUCGACCACGCGGCCAACACCCUGGUGGAGCUGGCCCUCAAGCGGGAGGACCAAGUGUGGAAGAAGAAGAUUGAGCUGAGUCUCGGCAAGCUCGCUCUGCUAGCCGAGGCCGAAGCCGAAGCCGAAGCCGGGAGCAAAGACGACGCGCGCUCGCUCAAGGUCAAGUCGGACGACGCGCGCCGCGAAGAGCGCCUCCGCCUGGUCGACAACGAGCUCAUCAUGGUCCGGAUCCAGGACCAGCUGCACGGGCAGGUUGCGCCGAGCACGCACGCCGCCGUGGACCGCGCCGCGGCCCUCCACUUUGCCGUUGAGGCGCACAGCAGCAACAUUCCGCGGCGGCAGAGGGCGCUCCUGCGCCUGUUUGCGGAGGGCAUGGAGCAGCUGCUCGAUCACCAGGCGCUCAGCCCCAUGGACCUGAUUGACAUGCUGACGCUGGUGUCGCUCAAGCCAGAGGCCAGGGACGAGAUUGCCAACCCGUUCUGGAUGGCGCUCAAGGUGGCCAACAACGGCUGCCGCCCGGACGAGGUGAAGCUGGCCAAGAGGUUGGUUUGGAGGAGGCUGUACGUCCGCGACGACUGGGCCAAGAUGAACGACACGCAGCUCAAGGACGACCGCGAGGUGGUGGAGCAACUGGCCGAGACGGAGCUAUUUGCCAUGUUGACGGACUGCAUCCGGUAUCAGGAUCCUCGAGACCCCUUCCGCCCCAUGCAGCCUCACGAAGCGCUGGGCGUCUUCACGGAGCACCUGGACAGGCGCUUCCAGGGAUUCGCCGAGAGCGAGCGGUCCAAACUCCUCGACGCCAUGAACUGGGAGGACAAGCUGCUGAGCCAGCACAUGGACAAGAAUCGUCUCGCGGACUGGGUCCGCGCAACCUUUGACGCCGCCCAGAUCGAGGUGGAAAACACGGCAGACGAGGCGACGAGAGCCGGGGCGGCGGCCGACCAGAGAGCCUCGUCGCUCUUUGGCGGCGGCGGCGGCGUGACACAAGCCCUGCCUGCACAUGCACAGUCUUAG